UGAUUACUACAUAGAAACACAGAGACAGAGAGACGGAGAGAAAAAUGGCUAAUCUGUUGCGGCUUCUAAAGCAAUGGCCGACAUUGCACCACCACCACUGCUACACCUCCGCAACACUACAUCACAUCUUCACCUCACCCUUACUACCACUCACAUCACAAACUCUCUCUCCUCUUCCUCCACCUCUCUCACUAACCACAGUGCCUUCAUCUCGUCGCAACGUCCAUCUCAAAUCACGCGGACUCAGAUUGCACAACGAACCAACAUCGUCCGAUCUCGAAUCGAGCGACUCAGACUCCGAUUCAAAAAAGAGCCGAAACCAGCUGAAACGCGAGGCUCGCCGCGCUGUCCUUUGGGGCAUGGACCUCGCUUCUUUCUCUAACCGUCAAAUCAGACGUAUCCUCAGAGUGGCUUCUCUCGACGAAGAGGUUUUCGAAGCUAUAAUGCUAGCGAAGAGAUUAGGGUCUGAUGUUCGAGAAGGAAAGCGAAGGCAGUUCAAUUAUAUUGGUAAACUGCUACGGGAAGUGCAACCUGAAUUGAUGGAUACUUUAAUCCAGGCUACAAAAGAUGGUGAUGAGAGUAGGCUGCGGGCUUUGAGUGAUUCACUGAUCAUUGAAGAUGACGAUGAAGAAGCUGAAGAAAUGGAAGAAGACGUGGAAGAGGAGGGGUCUGAUGAAUGCAUCAGCAUAGCAACCAGAUGGUCUGAAGGUCUGAUCAAUAAGGACAUAAAAAUCACCAAUGAAGUUUACUCUGUUCAGAGUGUUGAAUUUGACCGUCAGGACUUGCGUAAACUUAUCCGGAGAGUGCACUCAAUUCAAGAUCAGCAGGCCACCUCUACUGAGGAAAACAAGAAAGAAAUAGAUGCAGCAAUGAUGGCUGCCAGACGGUCCCUCAACCGCUUCCUUCAUUCACUUGCGAAGCAAAUGCCAAGUGAUUAACAUGUUAUUCUAUUCAUCUGUAUCAUUAUUUUGUGCCCAUCAGCAAUUCCUUCUGAAGAUCACUGCUCUGAGAAGCAUGAUAAUAUUGAUGUAUCAUGAGUGGGCACCGGAGCAACGUGGGAUCACAGUUUUUCUUUGUUGGAUGCCAUAUUGGCAUUUGCCCCCUAUCGAGCUGUAUGUUAUCAUGGUGAGGGACUCUUUAAUUUCAAAGGCCCAAACCCACCAUUUUUUAGUUUAGGGAACAAGAUGCUAAUGAAUUGAAUUGAAAUAUAAGAUAAGGGGCUAAAUUUCUAGUUCA